AUGGGCAGAGUCUAUGCCAUGACCAGAGUAGAGGCCACAGGUUUAGGUAACCUUUUGGGUCUGUCGGUGCGCGAGCUGCAGUGUGAGCUUGUUGUGUCUACCCCAGCAUCGGGUUUGGUCAGGACGUCGUCCUUAUGUCCUAGGUGUCCAGUAGAGGUAGAGGGACGCAGGUACAAAAGGUUGUUGUUUCCCGGCUCAGAUGAGUUUGAGUCAGUGUCUCCGCAGGGGGUGGCACGAGAGAUUCAGAGUGGCGCACAGUGCUUCAUAAUCUUCGCUCGUAUGGAGGUGGGAGAGAGAAAGAUAACAUCAAUAAUACCGGUUGUGCAGGAUUUUGAGGAUGUGUUCCCAGAGGAAGUGUCAGGGUUACCUCCCCGCAGAGAGGUAGAGUUCUCGAUCGAUCUAGUGCCGGGGACAUGUCCAGUAUCGAUGGCUCCCUACCGCAUGGCUCCAGCGGAGCUGGCUGAACUUAAGAAACAGAUAGAGGAACUGAUGGCGAAACAGUUUAUCCGACCCAGUACUUCGUCUUGGGGAGCGCCAGUGCUGUUAGUAAAGAAGAAGGAUGGGAGUUCACGACUGUGUUUGGACUACAGAUAG